AUGGCGCCCAUAGCAUCACUUACGGAGCCUUUACUCCGCUUCGUCCGCGACCUCUCCUCCGCAUUCAUCUCUCUCUCCUCAUCACAGCUCGUCACCCGGCCCGACGCACUACUAGAACCCUCAACAUCAUCACCCUCUUCCUCCUCUCUCGAACACAAACUACAAAAAAGAGCAGACCGGAUCCUCUCCAUACCCGCAACAUAUGCCUUCCUCGACUCCUCACCCGCACCCGGUAGCGUGGUCGGAGCCGUCCUCGGCGUGGUCGCCGGCGUAGUCAUAUUCGUCAUCGUGCUCUACCAAACCCUCGGGUGGGGCGACACGGGCGAAAGCAUCGUCGUCGAAGAAGAAAUCAGUGGGCGCCCUGGUUCACGGCGCAGUGCAGUAUCCAGAUCGCGGUCGAACCGGCCUCCGGGACGUCGAAUUGUAGAAGAAGAAACCGUCGAAGUUCGGGAACGGCCGCAUUCGAGGAGGAGACCGGACAUUACCGAUGACGAGGACGACGAGGUUGUAGUUAUUGAGGAAGAAGCAACUACGGGCACACAUUACUCAGAUGAUGUGGUGGAGGUGGAGGAAGAGGAGAGUAGUGUUGCGACGAGUCCUCGUCCGCCGCGCCGGAGGGGAACUGGUGGGAGUUAUAGGAGGAAUGAUCCGUUGGCGUACGGGGAUGAUGAUGAUGAUGAAGAAGAUGAUGACGACCACCAUUAUAGGCGGCCUCGAAGAUGA